UCGCCGACAAUCCUCUUCACUGGAAAAACUCAACUUAGUUCUCCAAGGACAAAUACCUGCUGCUCUUUUGUGAGGGUGUGUUGGUGAUCAUCUGCAGCCAUGUGUGACCAGACGUUCGUGGCGGCCACUUUUGGCCCAUGUGAAAGUUGUGGGAAUGCCAGUCCUCUUAUGAACAUCUACAUUAAGACCGACCCCAUCAACUACUGCUCCUUCUGUGUGGAGAUGAUGGCUUGUGAGGGGCUCCAGAGAGGGGAAACCCUGGCCACACUGAAGAACGAGAGCCAGAGUCUGAAGAAGAGGCUGGACGAGGAGCGGAACAAGCUGAACGACGUGGAGUUGCACCAGGUUGCUGAGAAGGUCGAGGUGUUGGGUGCUCUCUCCAUAAAGACCAAACGUGUGCUGAAGGGUCAUGGGAACAAGGUGCUGUGUAUGGACUGGUGCAAAGACAAACGUCGUCUCGUCAGUUCCUCUCAGGAUGGAAAAGUGAUUGUCUGGGAUGCAUUCACUCUUAAUAAGGAACAUGGGGUGACGCUGCCAUGUACAUGGGUUAUGGCGUGUGCUUAUGCUCCCUCAGGCUGUGCUGUGGCAUGUGGUGGCUUGGAUAACAAGUGUUCAGUGUUCCCGCUGUCACUGGACAAAAAUGAGAACUUGUCUGCAAAGAAGAAGUCUGUCGCCAUGCACACCAACUAUUUAUCAGGAUGCACCUUCACCAACUCUGACAUGCAGAUCCUGACCUCCAGUGGUGACGGCACAUGUGCCUUGUGGGAUGUGGAGAGCGGACAGCUGCUGCAGAGUUUCCAUGGUCACACAGCUGAUGUCCUGUCCCUGGACCUCGCCCCGUCUGAGACUGGAAACACUUUUGUCUCUGGGGGCUGUGAUAAGAAAGCCAACGUGUGGGAUAUGCGCUCUGGACAGAACAUUCAGUCCUUUGAGAACCACGAGUCUGACAUCAACUGUGUGAAGUACUAUCCCAGCGGAGACGCAUUUGCAUCUGCUUCUGAUGACGCCACAUGCCGUUUCUAUGAUCUGCGAGCUGACCGUGAGGUAGCUGUCUACCAGAAGGACAGCGUCAUAUUUGGUGCUUCCUCUGUGGACUUCUCUAUGAGUGGACGCCUACUCUUUGCUGGUUACAAUGACUAUACUAUCAAUGUGUGGGACGUUCUGAAAGGAUCUCGUGUCUCCAUCCUGUAUGGCCAUGAGAACCGCAUCAGCAGGGUCAGAGUUUCACCUGAUGGCACUGCGCUCUGCUCAGCUUCCUGGGAUAACACCUUACGGAUUUGGGCCUAGAGUUUUGGUCAGAGAAGACAGCGCCAGCAUCAUGUGACAGCCAAGACUGCAAGACGACUGUGGAGUGUGUUCAUACAAACCUUCAGUGUGACAGAAUGAGAAUAAAUCAUUGUAUCAUAACUGUAGGGUUUUGAACAUUUGAACAAGUUUGGAUUCGUCAUCUUCGUUAUUGUUAGCUUGAUUAUUGUUAUUGCUAAUAUAGUGGGAAAUAACAGUGAGUAUAAAGAGCGAAGAUGACUUGUAGGAAUCAGCAGCAUGUGUCUGCUCUGCCAUGUAGACCUUCAGACAAUAUCAGUGAUUAUCUUGUAAAUUAUGUGCAUCAUCUCACUGUGACCUGCUACACCUGUCCAAAAUCACACCGUAGGUGUGUACACACAGUUAUUGUUGUUGUUAUUAUCACACUGCCAUAGACAUUGUCGCGGUUAUCCAAAAGAAGUUUAAAUGUAGCCACAGGUUUUUCUUAUUUCAACAUUAAUAAACCUCAAC